AUGCCCCGAGGGAUUAGUUGGAGUUUUAAUGAAACCGAAGCAUUAAUUCGUCUUUGGGCUGAUUCAACAACUCAAACAGCCUUACGUUUAAAUAGUCGAAAUCGUUGUAUUUAUGAAGAUAUUGCAAAUCAAUUACAGGCUAUUGGAAUAACUCGUACAGCUGAUCAAUGUCAAAUGCGUAUAAAAUUAUUAAAAAAAAUGUAUCGACAAACAAAUGAAGCUAUAAAGCGUGGUGAUAUUUUUCAACAACGUCCAUGUCCAUUUUAUAAUGAAAUGCAUCGAAUUUUUUCUGGUAUAGAAGAUCUCAAUGGAUCUUCAUUAUUAUCAAAUUCUCAAUCUUUAUUGAUAGAUUAUGCCAAAGAUGACGACGACGAAGAAGAAGAAAUUGAUGAUACUAUUGAUGAUGAAAUAAAAAAUCUUGAACAAGAAAAUGAAAAUCAUAUUCAUUUAGAAGAUUCAACUAAAGAUAAAUUAAUUCAAGCUAUUGAUCGAUUAAUUCAAUAUCAAAAACAAAAUGAAGCUCGUUGGUAUAAAUAUCUUGAACAACAAGCUAAUCUUGAAUUACAACGUCGACAAGAAGAUCGAGCAUAUCAACUUCAAUUAAUUCAAUUACUUACAAAUGUUAUUUCAACAAAAACAAAUUCAUCAACAUUUCUUCAACAAUUACUUAUGAAUAAUAAUAAUUCUCAAAUAGAAAAAAUCUUACCACAACAUGAUAAUAAUUCAAAUCGAGGAGAAAAACGUAAAUCUUCAUUAAUAUCAUCCGAUGAUGAGAAAAAACCAAAAAUACGACAAUCAAUACCAUCAAAUUUUUAUUCACUUCUUGCACAAAUACAUAAUAUUAAUAAUAUGGAUGAUUCAAGUUGA